GAAUUGUUUUCCUGGCAGAGGCCAAUGGAAGCCCGAAGGGUGGGAGUGCUGUUGCCUAUAAAAACUCCAGCAGGAAACUAGCGGCCAGCGAGCCACGGCCUCUGCAAACCCCGAGGAGGAGAACCAGGACGAGAGCUGGCAUCAGUAAUGGCACUUACUAUCUUUGUCCUCCGACUGGUCGUCGGCGCCCUGGCAUUUCCCAUGUACCUGCUGCACUUUCUGGGCGUGUGGAGUUCGAUAUGUAAGAAAUUGUUUCCCUACUUCAUGCGGAAGUUCACCGUGAUGUAUAACGAGCAGAUGAUGGGCAAGAAGCGGGAGCUCUUCAGCAACCUGCAGGAGUUUGCGGGCGCCUCCGGGAAGCUCUCCCUGCUGGAGUUAGGCUGCGGCACCGGGGCCAACUUCAAGUUCUUCCCGCCGGGGUGCAAGGUGACUUGUAUUGACCCCAACCCCAACUUCGAGAAGUUCUUGAUCGAUAGUGUUGCCAAGAACCGGCACCUGCAGUUCGAGCGCUUCGAGGUGGCCGCGGGGGAGAACAUGCACCAGGUGGCUGACGGCUCCGUGGACGUGGUGGUCUGCACCCUUGUCCUGUGCUCCGUGCAGAACCAGGAGCAGAUUCUCCGGGAGGUGUACAGGGUGCUGCGGCCGGGAGGGGCUUUUUAUUUCAUGGAGCAUGUAGCAGCUGAACGCUCCACCUGGAAUUACUUCUGGCAACAAGUCCUGAAUCCAGCCUGGUUCCUUCUGUUUGAUGGGUGCAACCUGACCAGAGAAAGCUGGAAGACUCUGGAGAGGGCGGGUUUCUCUAAGCUGAAGCUGCAACACUUAGAGGCCCCUCUGUCGUGGGAGCUGGUGCGCCCUCACAUCUACGGCUAUGCUGUGAAAUAGGCUGAAGGGGGAUGAGAGCGGUAAAUGGCUCAAGUUGUGACCAAACUUAGCCAUUUUCUCCAGAGAAUCAAAACCAAGCCCAAACAAAAUUCACCUUUGAACUAUCCCUUAAAAAGAAUUUCCUAUUUAAAGUCUGCCAUUAUCAAAUUUACACUUCAAAAACAUUCCAACCUAUUUUACUUAAUUGUUACCUAAAAACCGCUUAGUUUUACCCCCUCUCUGAGAGUUUGGUGCUAAUAGACAGUUAAGGCACUCAAAAGACUGACAGGAGAGAACUGAAAAAGAUUUUUCACACAUUGAAUAAAGAAAUUCUAGUCAGAAGUCCAAAUCUAAAUAGCACAGGCUU